UCAAAUAACUAUGCAAAUCCCACAUAUGGCGGUUCUCAAAAUGAUAUCAAAAUUCCUGAAGAAUAUGAAAAGGAAAACUCAAAAGAAAUUUGUCUUAAAGAGGUUCAUUAUAUCAAACACCAAGGUGAUCUUAAUAAUUUAUCAACACAAUGUCAGAUUAUUGAAGGUUCAAUCAUAAUUAACGAUUUCGAAGAUCCGAUCUUAGAUUUUGGAGUAAUUAAUACUAUUUCAGGUGAUUUAAAAAUAUCAAAUGUAAGCAAUUUGGUUAGGGUUAUUGCUCCACAUUUAAAUACAAUUAAAAGAUCAUUUCUAUUAUAUGAAUUAACUUCAUUGACAUCAGUUUCAUUUCCCAAUUUAAAAUCGGUUGAUACCAUCAACUGGAAAAUUCUACCCAUAUUAAGUACCAUAAGCUUUGACUCGGGUAUCGAUUACAUUAGAAAUAUUAUUAUAUCAGAUACAUCUCUAGUUGGUUUUAACUUGAAAGAUAAUGUUAAAGAGUUAAAUAUUUUAAAUAUCAAUAAUAACAGGUUCUUAGAAAGCAUUACAACCAAUGUGAAAUAUAUUACAGAAGAAUUGGCUAUAAGUGCUAAUGCAAGAAACGUUAUGGCAUAUUUUCCACGAUUACAAUGGGCUAACAAUAUUACAAUCAGAGAUACAAUGUCCAUCGAUAUUUCAAACAUUGAAUCAGUUAAUGCUUCAGUUGGGUUUAUUGAAAAUAAUUUUCAAAGUUUAAAGGUUCCUAAAUUAAAGAAUGUUGGAGGAACAUUAAGUAUCAUUGAAAAUUUUAACUUAAAUGAUGCUGAGUUCCCUUCAGUUGUCGAUAUUGGUGGUGGAUUGAUGAUUGUGAACAACACUGGGAUUUCAAAGAUUAAUUUUUUCCCAAAAUUAAGCACAAUUGGCGGUGCAAUUCAAUUUUUUGGUAACUUUAAAGAUGCAUCAUUGAACAAAUUAAAAUUGGUCAAAGGUAGCGCAAUCAUCAAAAGUAACUCAAACCAAUUUGAUUGCACAAAAUGGGUGGGAGUCGAAGAAAACACAUCGGUCAUUAGAGGUGGUAGAAUUGACUGCACUGCUGGUAGUAAAAACGAGGUU